AAAUUACUUACUGAUAAUGAUUUGACACAUGUAGUUGAAUUCUAACGUGGUAGUCAUCUUUGAAAUUAUCAAAAGGUCUUUUUAUGACGUCAUGAGUUCUUUGUUUCUACUGAUUGCGAUGCUGGCAUCGUUGGCAACACAUUGUGUUAUAGCAUAUGAUAUCAAUGAUCCGGCGACAAAUUUAGAUUUCUUUGUCCGCACCGGCGGAAACAAAAAUCCAAAUGUUAGCACUAUUGUUUAUUUUAAUGGCACGGUUUUCUCGAGACAGCCACACCAGCUUCUCAAAAAGUUACUAAACUUUGAAGGAUACAAUAUCAAUCGUAAAAUUUGGACUUCAGAAGGAAAAGGUGGAUACAAGUCGCUUUCUCUGGAAUUUGUUGUUUACCGUGACCCUGUUACCAUGGAGAUUUUAGAAAUAUUUAUGAACCCAAUGACCUCGAAACCGAAUGAAGUAUUUUUCGUCGCAAAUAAUCCGGUAAAUGGUAUAUUAGAGUUAGGUGAUAUCAUUCCGGCUAAAAUACUCCCUUCCGCUAUUUUGAAUUUUGAUUUAGACGUGAUUCUUGAAUAUCCGAAUCCACUUGACCCACUUUACUACGCGCCUUAUUCUGCCGGACCAGUCUAUGACGCAGUCGAACUAUUUACAUACUUUUCAAAUGUUACACUUUUAUCGACGAUCAAGGACGUAAGUGUUGGGAUGACGGGAACAUGGAUUAGAAAAUCGCAGUUUUUACCGUGGAUGAACAUGUCUAGCUCUCCUGGAAAUCUGUUCUACACAACGCUUGCUUGGACUUGCAAUAACAGCUUUGACGCAUGCGUAGCAGAUGACAUAAAGGAUUUUGUCAUGCGGCAGUAUUCUGAUUUUACUGAUGCUCCAAAGACAUUUGAGGUGCCAAAUGAAACUUCAUGGACGCAGUUUAAAAAGGUUAUAGAUAGCAGACGACAUCGUGGUCUUCCGGAAAUCAUUUUACCGGAAGUUGGGACAAAAUCUAACAUAACCACACAUGUAACAAGCAUUGAUGACAGGGUAAAAAACUUCUUUAAACAGGAACAAUCGUUUCAUCUUCUCUUCAACGGAUCAGUUUAUUCAGAAAUAACCGGAAAAGAUAAUCAAAGAUUGUUUGAUGUUGUGGGCGAUAUUUUUGUAGGUGUGGUAGACAUUUCCGCCCAAAAUAAUUUCCAAGUCCUUCUUAGCGCAACCGGAAGUUUCGUAGACCCAACAACCAGGAACGUUCUGCACAAUUGGACCAACCCGUUUACUAAUGUGUCUACAUCGGUUCCAGAAAUCAAGUUUUCUGAUUCGAAAACAGUUCCAGUGGACUUUGUUUACACAAUAGAUAUACCUGAUAGAAAGUGUGUUGGUCUUAUAGCUGCUCAUUCAGAAACAUCCACCAGUCGAGCUUUUAAUGAUUCGGAUUAUCUGAAAGCAGUAGACGAUGACGAUUGGAUCGUUAACAUUGCAGAUUUGAUUUUUGGAUAUGAUGAGUUAGAUAAAGACACUUCAGAAACAUUUGUUUACGGAACAUUUGGAGCUUUUUCUUCAUGGCCUAGUUGGUUGGGUAUGGGUGACUUACCAGGGAACUUGGUAGCAAAAACAUCUGUUCACAGAAUUUGUGAUUAAACAAUGCCUUAUAUAGCAUACAGAAGUAAAUAUUUAUUAAUUCUCAGCACUCUUAAUAUUAUAAAUAGACUCGCCCAUCUUUCAAUCUGGAAAGCCAUUAAUAAUUUUAGGGAAUUUUUCAAAAUAUGUACUGACUGAAUAGCAAACGGUGCAGACCAUGAUCAGACAGCUAGGAAGUGCCAGUUGAUCUUGGUCUUUACUGGUCGCAGGGGUUAAGUCUGUUGCCACCAGCAAGUUGAGAUAUUUUGGGUUUGAGACAAAAGUAAAUCAUCAUAAAUAACAUUUUUUAUUUUAGGCCUUCAGUUCAUUUAUAUAUCCGCAUUAGUAUACACAUAUACAUUUAACAAUAAGCUUACUAUACACAUAUACAAUUAACAACAAGCAUAUAAUCACCUUCAAGUUUUCAAUUGGCACGGCACAUACAUAUUGGUAGAAGAUUUCGGUUUUAUACUUUAGAUGAA